AUGAGCAUCUCAACUACAAUCAACUGGCCGCAAGGUUUGGAGCUACAUCAUAUAGACACUCUCCAAGCCUUGGAAGAAUGGACUCCUGCUCUCACCAAGCUCCUCCAAUCUUGCGUCAACGAUAACCCUCCUUCUUCAUCACUCGGUUUCCAUGCGCCUCUAUCCAUCAACGAAGCCACAGAAUUUUGGUUAUCUCUUUCAACUCAAUUAUUCGGCCCCAAGUCACGAAUCAGCUUAUUCGUACUCGCACGGGGUUCCUCCGCAAUCGGUACUAUCCAUCUGUUGUCUCACCCCAAAGCAACCCACGCGCAUAAAGUCGAGGUUGCAAAACUAUUGGUUUCGGAAGAGGAAAGAGGUCUUGGGCUAGGAAGGAAACUAAUGGAGUUUGCUGAGAGUUUUGCUAAAGAGAAGUUGGGCAAGACUAUGGUUAUGCUCGAUACUGCGACAGAAACGCCCGCCAGGGGAUUUUACUUGAGAAUCGGGUAUACAGAAUGGGGUAUCUGUCCGAGUUAUGCUGAGAGCGCAGAUGGACAUUUGCAUGAUUGUUCUUUUUUCUAUAAGAAACUGGAUGGUUAG